AUGACUGAAGUAUUAAAAUAUUCACCUGCUCUAGUUGGUAGCGAUAUCCCGAAUUUGACAAGCAAGUCAAAGAAUCUCAAGGAGGAAUCGAGACCUUUGGUAUUAUUAUACGGUUGGAUGGGUUCACAACCUGUCUAUCUAAAUAAGUACGCUCAACAAUGGACCCAAAGAGGUUACAAUGUAUUCGCCUAUUGUCCAAGUACUCUUGAAACAUUCUUCCCACCAUACCGUGUCAAACAAAUCAAUAAUAAAAUGCUACCAAUCGUAAAAGGAUACAUUAAGGAUCACCCACAAUGCCAGGGUAUCAUUUUCCACUGUUUUUCGAAUGGAGGUGGUUUCUACUACUCUGAAAUAAUUCAUGAAAUGGUGAAUAAUCCUGAAUUCCAACAUCUACAUCAGUUUAUGAAGGGAACCGUAUUCGAUAGUUUACCAUCGUUGUCAAUGAAUGCCGGUUUAAGAGCUGCUCGUAUCAGUGGCGGUUUACUUGUCUACCUAUUUGUAAAGAUAUUAAUGUUCCCAUUGAUGAUAUUGUUUAUGGGUGAUCAUUGGGAAAGAUAUAAAAGAAAUCUUUCACAUGAAAAGAAUGUUUGGCCACACCUUGUAAUAUACAGUAAAGAUGAUUCGAUUGUAACAGUAGAUCAAGUUGAAAUACUUAUCGAUUUGCUAAAGAAUAAGACAUUGGCAAAGAAGCCAAACUUGUAUCUGGAAACAUGCUUUGACAAUUCUCCGCAUGUCUGUCACUUGCGAACUCAUCCAAAAGAAUACGGUGAAAGUAUGGAUCAGUUAGUAGAGAGAAUUUUCCAACAUGCUACAGAAGCUGCCUAA